AUGCCGGCCGGCCGCAAGAAAGUUGGCAGAGGUCUCUACAAUGCAUUCAACGCCAUUCACACGCAACUCGCGUCUCCUAACAUCAACGAAACACACACACACACACACCCUUCUCGGGAGAACGGCCGAGAAUUUCACAUAGGUGACAUUAAGGUGGACUGGCUGUAUCAGUAUCACCGCUACAGUCGUACCUGGUGCACAGUGCCUUUGACCAGUUCUAUCGCCCUCGCCACUCUCAUCAGCUUUUCUGAACAAGAGGCAACUCAGAAGUAUGAGAAUUAUGUUUUGCUUCCUCUACUGAAUUCCCUGACCAACAAGGACUACCAGGGCCCCUCCAAGCCGGACAUCAGGUACCUGAAGUAUAUGAAGAGGCUGUACACUGUCUCGGCGACGCAAGAUGGGAUACCGAAGCGAUCCACAGAACACCCGUAUAACACGGUGCGGCUACUCACGCCGCGGGCUCUGGCCCGCUCCACACAAGAAGCAUUGGAGCAAGAUGUGCUGUACGGGCUGAGUCCGGUCACGUCGAGGGAGCAGCUUCUACGCUCGGUGCUGCUGUACUCGGACACCCAUUCUGCGUCCUUCCCCAUCUUGUGUUCCUGCAAUGUCACCGUGCGGAACCCCGACCCCACCUCGGACCAGAUGUGCCCCGACGCUCUCCGCACUCACACCUUCCACGUCCAAUUCGAGCGCAGGAAGAGGCACGCCUGGGUGGAGGUUGACUUGUCCUCCUUUCUCCAGCCCUAUCUGGGGCCCCAGCGGGGGGACCUGCACAUGGUCUUCAGCUACCUGUGCACCGGGGCUGGCCCGGCAGCGGCGACUCUGAACCCCAACCUUGUUCCACCCUCCCUGCUCCUCUUCCUCAACGACACCAGUGUCCGCCCUCGCCACUCCUGGCUCCCUCUCCACCUAGCCGGCCAGCCUGGCCCGGAGACGCCGAGGAAGGGCGUCCCCGGCGGGGUAGGUCUGUCGACUCGUCCCCGCCGCCGCCGCCGAGGUCCCAAGGGCGAUGGAGAAGAAGAGGCGGACAGCUCCCUGGCUGCCCCUCGCCGUCUCCAGUACCACGACCAGGAGUGUCAGCUCCACGACUUCCGACUGUCCUUCAGCCAGCUCAGGUGGGACCGCUGGAUCAUCGCCCCCCACAACUACAACCCUCACUACUGCAAGGGCGGCUGCCCGCGGGCGCUGGGACACCGCUACGGCUCUCCAGUCCACACCCUGGUCCAGAACAUCCUCUACGAGAAGGUCGACUCCACGGUCCCUCGACCCUCCUGUGUCCCGUCCAAGUACAACCCGCUCAGCGUCCUCACGCUGGAGAGCGAUGGCUCCAUUGUUUACAAGGAGUACGAGGACAUGAUCGCCACCACAUGCACUUGCCGCUAGGGCCACGCGUCUUCAAUGGCUCUUUGCAUCUGAAGUUUGGGGCUGUCAAGGAAAAAACCCAACCCAUUCUUCCUUGCAAAGCUAAGAAAAGCGCCAUGUAAACUAU